CUUGUAAAAGCAGCAUCUUCAGUAACCAGAGAACUCUUUUCUCCUGAUGUCUGCAGAAUAUUUCGAGUAUUUUGCUCCAGACUUCACUCUGCAUCCUGAUGUCAGCACCAGGAUCGAGAACCAGAACUCCAGACAGUACCUGGAACAGAUCCGUCAGACCGUGUUUGAGAACCUGAAGAUGCUGAACCACGCGCCCAGCGUCCAGAUCCACGACGUCCCGUCAGAUAUGCUGAACUACGAGCGCACAGACGACCCCGACCCGGACGAGAGGGGAGCUGAGGAGAACUACACCCGACAAGAGGCAGCCAACGAAUUCUACGACGGCGACCAUGACAACAACAAAGAGAGCGACGUAGAAAUUUAAAGCUGAAGGAUUUCUGAGGAUUUGACCAAAAGAGACAAAGAGCCGAUUUGGACAGUUAAGGAUUUGGAAUACACUUCUGUUUUCUUCUA